AAAAGACUGCAAAAUUAAGACUACUCGAAUAUAAACACUCUGCAAGUCGGUUCAUAUUCCUACAGAUGGUGAGCAAUAAUUUUUUUUCAAAUCAUUAUACACCAUUUCUUUGGCUAUGUUUACAUAACCUCAAAUAAUGUAUCCAAGAAAGACCCAUGGCAGCUUUUAAUCACAGCCACUGCUGGGAAAGUGGACCCAAAUGUGUGCUUCCUUUAUAUAUAUAUAUAUAUAUAUAUGAAUAAGAUGAUCAGCUCAUUAUAGUAAUCAAUAAUAAACCUAUAUCUAACUUGCUUGUCCCUGAGCUAAAAAAUGUUUAGUGUGAAAGGGCUACUUGAUUCAGGUUGUUUAGACAAUGUUCCCUCCAAGUAUGCCUACAAAAGAAAGUCUGAUGAAUGCAUAUCUUUUGAUGAAGAGACAAUUCCCAUUAUAGAUUUCUCCCUUCUCACUUCUGGUACUCCUGAAGAACAUUCCAAGGUUAUCCAAGACAUCGGGAAUGCCUGUCAGGAAUGGGGAUUCUUCAUGGUGAUCAAUCAUGGAGUGCCCAAGAAAGUAAGAGAUGAGAUGAUAGAAUCUAUUGAAAGUUUUUUUAACCUGACGGAAGAGGAAAAGCAAGAGUAUGCUGGAAAGGAACCGAUUGAUCCCAUAAGAUAUGGUACAAGCUUCAACGUCACAGAAGACAAGGCAUUAUUAUGGAGAGAUUAUCUUAAGAUCCUUGUCCAUCCCCAUUUCGUCUCUCCUCGAAACCCUGCUGGCUUCAGCAAAGUUCUUGAGGAGUAUUGCAGAAAAACUAGAGAAGUGGCAAAUGAAUUGCUAAAAGGGAUUUCAAAAAGCUUAGGAUUGGAAGAAAACUACAUCAUAAAGAAAACGAAUGUGGAAAUGGGAUCGCAGAUGUUGGUCGCAAAUCUUUACCCACCAUGUCCCCAGCCAGAUAUUGCAAUGGGAUUGCCUCCUCAUUCUGAUUAUGGCCUCAUUACUCUACUCAUCCAGAACGGACUUCAAGGACUUCAAGUUAUGCACCACGGAAAGUGGGUUCCUAUCACUCCCUUGCUUGACUCCUUUAUUGUCAAUAUUGGUGAUCAUAUGGAGAUACUCACCAAAGGUAAGUAUAAGAGUGUGGUGCAUCGAGCAGUGGUAAACAGCAAAGCGACUAGAAUUUCUAUAGGAACAGCUCACGGGCCACCACUCGAGACUGUUAUAAGUCCUGCAGAAGAGCUGUCUAAUCCUCCAGCACAUCUUGCAAUCAAGUUCAGGGAGUACUUGGAGCUUCAACAAAGCCGUCAACUUCAGGGAAAGUCUUGUUUAGAUAGCAUUCGGAUAUGAUCAAUAAUUUCUCAAUAUAAUUCCCCCCUGUCCUCUAUUGACUGUUAAUUGUGAAAAUUGGAGAAUAAGUUGACGCUGUUUUAUGUUACUGGAAAGUAUUGCAUGA